AUGGCCAUGCAAAAGCGCGCUAAUCUUCGUUUACCACCUGAAAUAAAUCGUGUGUUAUACGUACGCAACCUUCCGUAUAAAAUUUCAGGCGAAGAAAUGUAUGAUAUAUUUGGUAAAUACGGUGCUAUACGUCAAAUUCGUCUGGGCAACACACCGGAUACACGAGGUACUGCGUUUGUUGUCUAUGAAGAUAUAUUCGAUGCUAAAAAUGCAUGCGAUCAUUUAUCUGGUUUUAAUGUUUGCAAUCGUUAUUUAGUUGUACUUUAUUAUCAAGCAAAUAAAGCAUUCGAUAAAAUGAAUUUAGAAAAAGAAAAAGAAAAACUAGCCAAGACACAAGCUAAAUAUGGAUUGAACACAUAA